AUGAAGUCAGGAGUAGUAGUACCACUGCCGGUGCUACUUGUAUUGGCGGUUGCAACAUCAAUUACCACAACAUCUGCACAAGCCUUGCCUAACUGCCCUGAUCGCUGUGGUGAUGUGAAAAUCCCAUAUCCUUUUGGCACUGCUGAAGGUUGUUACCUGCGAGAUGAGUUUUUCAUCAACUGUACUAGUACAGAAGGCAAUGCCCCAAUGGCAAAACUCACCGGUCCUCCCUCAUCUUCACCAAAAUCACAAUUGACUGAUCUCAUUGUCACUGACAUAAACCUUGACAAUGCUGAGUUGUGUGUCUUGUCCUCUAUAUACCAAGAGUGCGGCAGAGGCAGCGGAGGCACCAUAAACCAGUGGCUCCGGCUGCCCUCUCCUUUUGCAUUUUCCACCAAAAACAUGUUCUUUGCCUUCGGCUGUGCCACUUUUGCGAAAUAUCGAGGUCAACAAUAUCGUCCCUCCGGCAGGAUCCUGACCCCAGAUCAAGAUCAAGCCUACAACAAAAGCGGCCUUGCUGUUACAGAAUGUGAUGAUAGUCUUGGCACUACCUCUUGCUCUGGCAAUGGCUGUUCCCAAUCUCCAAUCCCGAGUGGACUUCAAAAUUUUACUGUUGAGUCUUUGUUAAGCAUCAUCAUAAUUAGGCAAAACCCUUUUCAGAGAAAGUGGUCUGUUGAAGACUUAGAUUGCAACUAUGGAUUCCUUGCGGAACAAGGCAACUUCUCAUCCUCCCCGAAUAUAAGUUUUGUCCAACUUCAAAAGUACAGAAGGCUGCUGGUGCCGACGACAACGGUGGUUGAUUGGCAAAUAGGGAACGAGCCUUGUGACGAAGCUCAAAAGAACAAUGGCAGUUAUGCUUGCAAGGGAAAUAGUACCUGCGUCAAUCGGUCCAAUGUCAGUGAAGGUGUAUAUGAUGGAUGGCCUCAAGGCUACAUUUGCCGGUGCUUGCCCGGUUACCAAGGGAAUGCAUAUCUUACAGAUGGUUGUCAAGAUAUCGAUGAGUGCCAGAGCUCAAAGCCCUGCAGCACAGAAGAACACUGCGAAAAUCUACCGGGACAGUAUAAAUGUGUUCCCCAUCAAUUGAAGACAUCUAUCCGGGUUUUGAUUUCUUUCGGUACCUUUGCAAUAGUCCUUGUGAUAGUGGUUGGAAGUUUAUGGUCUAUAUAUUGGGGAAUGAAGAAGCGAGAGUUCAUAAAUUUGAAAGAAAAUUACUUUGAAAAAAAUGGUGGUUUAUUGUUACAACAGCUUUCUAGUCCUCAUGGAGCGGAGAUGGCCAAAAUCUUUACUGCAAAAGAACUUGAGAAGGCCACAAACAACUACGAUGAAAGCAGAAUUCUUGGUGAAGGAGGUUGUGGAAUAGUUUACAAGGGAAUAUUGUCGAAUAACAGAAUAGUUGCCAUUAAGAAGCCAAAAUUAGUUGGUGCCUCAUCCCACAUCAGAUCUACCCCAAAUCACAACAUUUCCACUCAGCAGUUUGUUAAUGAAGUUGUUAUUCUUUCACAAAUCAACCACAUGAAUGUGGUGAGGUUAUUGGGUUGUUGCUUGGAGACUUCGGUGCCUAUACUCGUUUACGAGUUCAUCACUAAUGGAACCCUUUUUAAGCACCUUCAUGGAGAUGAAGAGGGAAAGAGAUCAUCACCACCACUUUUUUGGGAUUUACGAUUGAAGAUAGCAACAGAAACUGCUGGUGCGUUGGCAUACUUACACUCCUCCACUUCGACGCCGAUAUUACACCGAGAUGUGAAGACAAUGAACAUACUGCUAGAUGAAAACUACACUGCCAAAGUGGCCGACUUUGGAGCUUCACAAUUGAUCCGACCUCUUGAUGAGAAGCAAAUGACAACAUUUGUGCAAGGGACACUCGGAUACUUGGACCCUGAAUAUUUUCACUCGGAUGAGUUCACAGAAAAAAGUGACGUCUACAGCUUUGGAGUUGUCCUAGUGGAGCUACUAACAAGUAAGAAGGCAUUUUCUUUUGCUAGGCCAAAUGCAGAGAGAAAUCUUUCAAAAGUGUUUGUUUCUUCACUGGAAGAGGGUCGCUUAAAUGAAAUUCUUGACAAUGAGAUGGUCGAUGGGGAAAAUAUGAAUGAUGGAAUUGUGAUACAAAAUGUGGCUUAUCUGGCAAAGAGAUGUUUGAGAUUACAAGGGGAUGAAAGGCCUACCAUGAGAGAAGUAGUCAUGGAGCUAGAGUGCUUAUAUAAAGGAUUGAGUCCUCUUUACGAUAUGACAUAUAAACAUCACAUUAUAUAUCCAAAUGAGACUGGUAAGGACUUGCUGGGAUCACCAACUUCACCUACUGCUUAUGUUGCUGCAGAUCAACACGAACCCCGAAAUCGGUCACAUGAAGAAGUUGUUGGAGAAGGGUGA